AUGGAAAUCUCGCCUUCGCGCAAGCGGCCACGCCCAGUAAUCUCCUGUCUCCGAUGCAGGGAGAAGAAACUGAAAUGCGACCGGGCGGCGCCAUGUCAGAACUGCUGGAAAGCGGGCUGUCGUGCGGAGUGCGCUUACAAUCAACAUCCUCAGUCUACCGAGUCUCUUCCCAAGGCCAAGCGAGUUCAGCUUUCCACGGAGAGAGAUGGUGAUGAUCAACAACCCCACUCGCGGCCGGGGACCGGCAUCAUCGAGGAUCUUCAGCAGCGUGUGGUGAAGCUGGAGGAACUCCUCGCCGUUCGACCACAUGCUGGCAAUUUUGGCCCGAUAAGAGAUGCUCCUGUUCAGAGUUCAUGGCCUCAAUCAGACUCUACACUUUCCACCGCACCCUUUCUCGGGACGUUAGUCGUCAAGGGGUCGCGAACUCGUUAUCACGGGCAAAACAAUCGCGUCACGCUUCUCAAUCAGUUUCCUGACGCGAAAGCGUUCAUCAACCACUGCUCUGAAGACUCCGCGCUCGUGGGGCUGGCCAAAGAAGUCCAAUUUCUUCAGACAAAGUCCCUGGCACCCAUCACCUCCCCUCAGUCCCUCUCUGGGUUAGAGAGUUUCCCUGAACUACAACACCUCCUCAGUUCUCUCCCUCCCAAAUCAACUUGUGACAAGCUGUUGGAAGUCUACACCACCAACUGCGAGAAGACUCUCAGAGUCAUUCACGUUCCCUCUUUUCUUCGCCAAUACACCUCUUUCUGGCAAGAUUCUGAUCACCAGUCUGCGUCCAGUUUUGUGCCUCUUCUGACAGCAGUCUUGACCGUUGCUGUCUCCUUUGAUCCUCAACCAUCUACUCUUGAUGAAUCAACAUCAUGGGACUACCUGACAAAAGAUGCCACGAAGUCACUACAAGUCUGGUUAGCUAAACUACCCCGAAAACAACGGGUAGGUCUGGCAACUCUGCAAGUCGAAACAUUGUUGUUGAUCUCCCAGCAACUCCGCCUUGUGUCCCCGGAAGAGCUAUGGAAAGCCAGUGGCUCCCUGGUCCGCUCUGGCAUGGUGAUGGGGUUGCAUGUCAACCUGUCUCAGUCCACCAACCUGUCUUUCUACCAGGCAGAAUGUCGUCGACGGCUUUGGAUCACCAUCAUUGAACUGGAUUUGCAGGCUUCUAUUACGUCCGGCAUGCCGGUCAUGACUCCGGAGCUGGACUUUGGACCUCUCACACCGUUGAAUAUCCAUGAUGUUGACUUUGACGAGCCGACUUCAAAGCCACCUUCGCCGAGCCCUCUCAGCGGAGAGACGGACUCUCUGGCUCAAAUAACUCUUGCUACUUCAUUGGCUCAUCGGAUCAGAGUUAUGAAGACGGUGCAACAUACAAACCCGCAUGACAACCUCGGUGAACGUGUCAAGCAAGGCCUAAGGCUGGAGAAAUACAUUUCGGAUGUUCCAACCCAGCUGAAGCCAAAUCACAACACGGAAAGCGCGCGCCCCGCGUUUGUUUUGAAUCAGGUCCUCCUCGACAUCUUUCUUCGCCGCCCUCUCCUUUGCCUUUUCCGUCCUGUCAUCACCCACAUCUCCCAUGAUGACCCGUCUUUCCAUGAGAUACGCGGGGCUUGUCUUGAUUCAUCACUUGCCAUCCUUUCUUAUCAAGAUCACUUUGACCCUCAGUUUGCUGACCUUGAUUUGUCCAACUCAACCCCCUACUGGGACAUUUUCCACAUGCUCUGUCAGCAUGACAUCUUGUGGGCAGCUCUCAGUGUAUGCGAGCAUAUGAGGCUACCCAUGAAAACCCCAACGGCUUCAUCUCCUGCCAACGAUGUCACCGAGUCAAGGAUUUCCCGCAUCCCGACGCCCAGCAAGGCUGGCUUGACCCGCAUGAUCGAAAACACAAUAGACAGCUUCACGCGUCGAAUCCACAACAAAGGAAACAACGUCAAAGACCUCAUCUUGCUUACCGUCGUUCUUCAGUCGGUUCGCGCUCGUGGGUCAGAAGAGCAAAAAGAGCGUUCGAUGCUACAAGGAGCGAAGAAUACUUUGACUGCCUGCCGCCAGCAACUACUCUCUAUGACUACACAGCCAUCUCUUUCUUCCGAUAUGCCGGACUUGGCACAAAUGGUUCAGUCCUCCGAGACCCUAACCCAAUUACAAGACACGGGGCAACGCCUAUCUACGUCCCAACCCCAAAUACCGGAUACCAUGCAACUACCCUCUCAAACCACCGCCGAGUUCGAAAACUUCGUCGACGAUCUAUUCGCAUUUGAUGAUGGAUCAUUUAUGUGGAAUAUAUGA